CUCCUGCGGCCGAGCCUUUGGGCGGCUAUGUAUAGAGAUGGAGCUCAUCCUCUUCCAGCUGCCCAAUUCCAACACAGCUCUCUUUGACUGCCAUUGCUAGGUUCUCCCCUGUUCCUCUUCCUCUUCUCACAACUCGGACACCUGCUUCACAGCUUCAGCAACUGCAGAGAUGGAGGCGCAGGACGACUGCAAGUGGCGCCAGAUUCCGGCGUUCGGCGACUGGAACCUGUGGGACGACAUGCCAGUCACCCAAUACUUCCAGGCAGGGCCCUUCUUCUUCACAGCACCGGUGGACAAAGACGACGAGGACCUCUUCAAGGUGCCCCAGUUCCCUGCCAAGCCCUACAGCUACAAGAAGUGUGUCGUGCGAGUGAAGGGAGAGAAAGCCAACGCUGUGCCGGCGAGGAAGAAGGGAGGCAGGAGGCAGUAUGUGAACGAGCAGCAGAAGUGGAAGCCGAAGGGAGCAGUGGACGAGGACCUGUACAAGAUCUCUCCGCAGCUUCUCUGCAAGAAGAAGCUACUGAGGAAUUUGCUGGGAGGGUGCCUGGGCCUGAGCUGCAUCGCCUGAGUGAGGCGAAGCUUAAUAAGUUUAUGAGGGAUUUGGUUGCUUCUCUAGAGAGCUGUAUAGUGUCUAUGCUAAUAUGGAAUUUAUGGAAACUUACUACUGCUUUGCACUCGUUUGAAUGUAACACUUGCAGUCCAUCUUUCCUGGUGCUGCUUUAGUA